AUGGGAAAUGGAAAAUCAAAGGAAGGAGGAAAAGGUGGUUUGUUAGCCGUGUCGAGAAAUUCCCUCGAUGAAGGUCCUCCUGCAAAAUCCUCUUCCAGUGUAAAACCAAAUCAAAGAGUUAAUAUCUAUGUUGAUGAAACGUCGGUUAAGAAUAAUAAUAAUACUACUACUACAUCUAAUAUGAAUAAUAAUAAUAAUAACAAUACUAAUAAUAAUAAUAGCCUUCAUCAGAGUCAACUUUCCAAUGAUUCAUCAUCAACUAAUAAUAAUACAACAACAACAACAGCAACUCCACCCUCCAAUAAUCAAAAUCCAAACACAGCAACAGGAACAACAAUUUCCAAUACCAAUACAGAUAGUACCACAUCAUCAUCACCCAACGCGUCGACUAACAAUUCUGUUCUCACUCCUUCGAAUCAGCAACAACAACAUCAUGUAACUUUUGGCGCCAAUACUGGUUCUUCUUCGUCUAUUGUUUUUGGUGUUGAUGUGAGUGUGGCGGUUCAGAGAAGCUGUAAAUUAAUUCUCAAAAUGUUACUCCAGAAAAAACAACAAGAAUCAGGCGCUGCUGCUGCUGAUAGUUCUCCUCCUCCUCCUCAGGAAAGUAUUUCGGAAGAAAAAAAGAAUGAAUAUAAACAUCCAUUGGCAAGUGAUGAAGAAAUAGAAGCCAUAGAGAAAGUAUGUGCCAAUCUAGAAACUUUAUUCAUUCCGGAAGUAUUACGUCAAUGUCUUAGAUUUUUAAAUUACUAUUCAUCUCUUCUUGAACAAGGUGUCUAUCGUAUACCUGGAGAUACACAGAAAAUGAAAGAAUAUAGAGAAGUAUUUGAUAAAGGUCAGUCCAUUGACUUUUUGGCAGAGAAUCGAGAAAUUGAUAGAAAGAGAAAGGAAGCACAAGAAAAUGGAGUUACUGUUGAUAUAGUGCAUCACGGAAUUAAACAUGAUGCUCAUGAUGUGGCUGGUCUCAUUAAAUUGUUCUUGAGAGAGCUUCCUGGAGAUUAUCAUUUAUUUACAUCACAAACAGCUCCUGAAUUUUCCAUUUCACAUUUGAAGAAUUUUGCAACAGAGGAAGAAAAAGUUGAAUCAGUGAGGACAAGUUUACUUCGAGUACCAAGAGCUAAUAGAGAUACUUUGAAAGCUCUGUGUGAACACUUUAGACUGAUAAUCAAAUACGAGAAAUCUAACAAGAUGACAACUGACAAUUUACUCAAAUGUAUAUGUGGAACAUCACCUUAUGUAUUGGCUUUCUAUUUUAUGGUUCAAUUCUAUGAUAUAGUUUUCAGAGAGGAGGAAAAGAAAGAACCAUCUAAACCAUUAACAGAAGAGGAAAUGAACUCGACCAAGAAUAUUGAAUGGUUGCUAAGAGCUCAAAAUGAUAACAAAAAUGUACUCAGUCUGGGUAAUCUUUCACACCUCACUGGAGGAAAUAACAAUUUAUCAAAUGAAGCACUUGCAGGUAAAGCCAUGAGUGCUAGGGAAAGUAGAAGAAAGUCGUACUAUCAAAGACAGCAAAGAAAUGACAGCACAGCAUCUGAAGAUACACCAACUACUGCCACUGACCAAUCUGAUUUUGCCUCCCCAGCAACAAAUGAUAAUUCCAAUUCUGAUUUAGAUCCAAUAACUUUAGCACUAUUGAAAAUGAAAAAGGACAAGGAUACACAAAACGAAAACACAAUUGCCACAGACAAUGUAGACUCACAAGAACAAAAUGAUUCUUCGAUUACAGUUGAGAUGUAAAAUGUGAAUGUUGCCAUGUUUCCAAUUUAACCUUUUUCGUAGUGUUAUUGAAAAGGUACAUUAUGAAUUUCGAGUUAAUGCAAAUAUAAACUAUUAAAUUUUCUUU